CGUUUGAACGUUCUCUAAAAAACAACAAGCAUAAACAUCUUUUUUUAGUUCAAACUUGAAUGAAAAAGAAUUAUAUUUUUGUGUAAAUAAAAAUUUGUGAUUAAAACUAAAGAGUGUCAUCUAACGUCUUUUUUACAAAAGGAUAUUGGAAUUUUGUUCAUAUAUCAAACCGAUAUUAAAAAAAGUUUAUCAAAAAUGAAAUCGUUUAAUUCUGUGGAUUUUGUUAUGUGUUCCCUAGUAGUUAUUGCCAUUGUAGGAUCUUCAAAAGCGGUUCAUGGUUCCUGGAAAUACUCUCCCCGAGAGAAUGAAUUAGAACAAACCAAAAAUCGUCGUGGUGGUGGCGGUUCAUCUGGACUUUUUGCUUUUCCCCGUGUUGGUCGCAGUGAUCCCAGUUUAAACAUCAAUAAUUUACAUAACCCAGAUGCGGCAGCUGACAAUGCGGCAGCAGCCGCUGCUGCUGCUCUAGAUGAUUUAUAUCCUUCAUCAUCUUUUGAAGAGUAUGAAGAAUACCCCAAGUCUGAUGUUAAGCGUGCCGGUUUGAUUGUCUAUCCCCGCAUUGGUCGCAGUGAUGCUGAUGUACGCAAAUGGGCCAGACUUUUGGCCUUGCAACAGGCCUUGGAUAAACGUACUGGACCUAGUGCCACUACCGGUGUAUGGUUUGGUCCUCGUUUGGGUAAACGUAGUGUAGAUAAUCAACAAUAUGAAAAACCUUCGGGUCAAAAAGAGGAAUAUUAAUUUGUUACCGACUCUAUGCAAACGAUUAAAACAAAUAAAAGACGACCUUGGCUAUACUCAAUAUUGACUUGAUUCUCACCUACUGGAACUUAAUUUUCGAAAUAUAUACACAAACAAAAUAAAAUUAUAUAUACAUAUAUUUUUAGUUAAAUAAUUGAAAUUAAUAAUAAGCUAAAACCUCCUAUUCAAAUAUAUAAAUUUAUUUAAAAUCGUUCACACUAACGUGUAGUGUGUUAUUUGCAAAGAGAUCAAUUUUUGAAUUUUAUUUUUAUUGUAAUAAAACUUAUAGAUGUAUAAUUAAGCCUUAUAUUAAAAAAAACAAACUCCAAAAUAAUAAAAAAAAAAUCAUUUUAAAUGGGCUGGUGUAGGCUUUCAUUUUAGAUCAUUUUCAUGAUAUUUAAUGAAAGUCUUAAAAAAAAACA